UCGAACUCUAUAUUCACAAAUAUUUAUACACGUAUUUUACACAUUACUUUAUUGUAUUAUUGUCUCAUAUACUCUGAUUUCUAUUUCUCUCUCUUCUGCAAUUUCACACUUUCCACUGUCAUGGAACCUCACCCAGAUCUGCCGCCGGCCACCGCGUCGGAGACCCAAAUUGUCAACACCAACGUCACAGAUGCUGCACAGCCUACCCAUCCACCGUAUGAUGAGAUGAUCACUGCUGCAAUUUUGGCUAUGAAAGAAAAGGAUGGGUCUAGUAGGCAGGCUAUUGCCAAGUUUAUCGAGAGUGAGUAUAAAAACUUGCCGCUGAGUCACGCGAGUCUGCUGACUCAACAUUUGAGAAAGAUGAAAAUUGCUGGGAAGCUGGUGAUGAAUAAGCAUUCAUACAUGCUUCCUGGAUCUGGGGUUGGUCAGUCUCAGGCUGCUGUUGUUGUGGAGGCUUCUUCUGUGGGGACUAAAAGGAAGCCGGGUCGGCCUCCGAAGAUUCAGGCGAAUGGUGGUGGGGUAGAUGGUGUGAGUGGAGGUGGAGUGGGUAGUGUGAAUGGGGGUUUGGGGGUUACUGCUCCUUUUGAUCCGAUUGAGGCGGUGCCGAAUGUGGUGCCAAUGGGUGAGGUUGAUGGUGCGAGGAGUGUUAUGGAAGUUACUGCUCCUUUUGAUCCGAUUGGGGCUGUGCCGAAUGUGGUGCCAAUGGGCGAGGUUGAUGGAGGGACGGUGGUUAAGAGGCGCCCGGGAAGGCCACCGAAAAUGCAGGGGGUUGCUGUUGAGGCUGAGCCAAUUGCGGUGGCGGAGCCAGGUGUUGGGGAGAAGGUUAAAGUUGGUAGGAAGCCCGGGAGGCCACCGAAGGUUAAUAAAGGAACUGGGGUGGUUCCAGCUGGUAGGAGGCCUGGGAGGCCACCGAAGGUUAAUAAUGAAAUUAUUGCAGCUGGAGAAGGAGGGUCAUUAUUGGGGAAGAGAAAAAGGGGCCCCCCAUUUAAGAAAACUGGUAUGGUGUCUGCAUUAAUGGGAAUGGGCAUUGGUUUGAAGAGGAAGCCUGGGCGGCCACCUACUAAGAAGAGACCAAUUGGUUCAGUUAUGGGUCCGAGACCAAGAGGGCGGCCGCGGAAGGGUUCUGUUCUAAAGCCAAGAGGUCGGCCACGAAAGAAUGUAGGUGGAGGCAUUGGUAGUGCAAUUAUCGUGCCUGUUGAGGGGAUGGGAGAUACUGGCAGACCUUCCAAAUUGGCUGUGAGAAGGAAGCCAAGAAAGCUUAGCGGAAAACCUUUGGGCAGGCCAAAGAAGGGUGCAUCCCUUCUGGCUAUUCAAUCCAGUGGCCAAGAGUCGAUAUCCUUUCAAGAGCUGAAAGACAGAACUACACAUUUUCAAUCCAGAGUCAAACAUGCUGUGGAAGUUCUAAGGCCUUACUUGAGCAAUGAACUUGCUCCUGUUGCCGUAGGGGUGCUGCAAGAGAUAGAAGCUCUUGCUUUGAUGGAUUUGUGUGCACCAGCUGCCGGAGGAGCAAUUCGUGGUGAAACUGAAGCAGUAACUGGCACAAAUGGUACACCGAUGAGUGACCAAGCUGGACCAGUAUGUGACCCAGUUGCACCUUUGUCUGCUCAAGGGUCAGAACCUGUGAAUCAGAUUUAGAUUGUCUGACCCAGUUCAGCCUUGUUUGGUGAUUCAGUUAAGAUGGUCAAUAUGAUUGAUAUAGUGUUUGUAGAGAUAAUUGAGGUAGGCCAGGUGCAGGUAGAGGGACCGGAUCUGUAAACUUUCAAGACUUCUAAAUUGACAAAAACUGUUGUAGUUUAUCCUUUUGAAGUUUGUCGUGUGUAGCUAUUUUUAAUAAGAUUUUAGGUCAAUCUAUCUCCUUAAAUGUUUAAUUCUCUA